UUGGGCCUGGGUCACCCCUGUGGUUGUGAUGUCAUCACGGGUCACAAUCCAGAGCCAGCGAGGGGGUUCAGCGCUGGAUGUUUGCAGGCAACACCAGAGUGUUCCACGCGCGUCAGAUAGGUCCACUCUGCCUCAGACUCCAAGGUGGGGGAUAGCUCAUCCUCCAACAUGGAGAGGGAGACGAGCGAAAGGAAUUGCAGCAUCUCCAACAAGCUCCGCCUUGAAGAGAGACCCUGUGAUGUGAUCAUAACAGUUGACGGAGUGGAAUUCAAAGCUCACAAGCAAAUCCUCUCCUGUUGCAGUGUCUACUUCGGGAUACUGUUUACCAACUGUGACAAGAUGGUCUAUCAAAUCCCCGGUGUUUCAGCUGAAAUGAUGGGUCUCAUCCUCAAGUACGCCUACACUGGGACAGUACCGAUCACGGAGGACAACGUUGAGAGUUUGCUGGCUGCAGCAGACCAGUUCAACGUCACGGGCAUCGUCAACCUGUGCUGCGAGUUCCUCAUUUCCAGGCUCUGCUUUGAGAACUGCAUUGGCACCUGGAGACUCACUAACUGUUACUACUGCCCCGACCUGCGUGCAGCCGCCUGCGCAUACAUCUUGCAUCACUUUGAGGAGGUGUCCCAGGUGUCCGAGGAGUUCCUAGACCUCUCUGUUGAGGAGCUGGCACACAUCAUCGAGAAGGACGAGCUCAACGUGAGGCGAGAAGAAGCCAUGCUCGAGGCUGUGCUGAGGUGGAUCGCUCACGACCUGCAGAACAGGAGGCAGUACAUCGCCUGCUUGCUGGACAAGGUUCGACUGGCACUCCUACAGUCGAACAACGUCGAAGCUCACGAGUAUGUGAAGGACAGUGCUGAGUACAAAGAUCUAAUCAUCAGUGCCCUGUCAGAAAUCUACGACCUUGUUAUAGGUUAUUAAAGAAUAAAUUUGCAGAUCGAAGUAAGAGACAAAUCAA